AUGGCUUCUCUAUUCACAAACAGCUUGACCCGUCUCAGCGGGGCUGGGAAACUAUGCACAGCUAUGGGCAUCAGACUCGUGACCAACACCCAGGUCGUCCACCUGGCAGCCAACGGGGGAUUCGACGCGCUAUUCAUAGACCUAGAGCACUCGACACUCUCGAUCCAAGAUGCAAGCCAGCAUUGCAUCGUGGGUCUUCAGCUGGGAGUGACACCUUUCGUCAGAGUCCCCUAUCAGUGCGGUAAUGGUUUCGUUCAGAAAGUACUGGACGGCGGGGCGAUGGGCGUGAUUUUCCCUCAUAUCCACGGCCGAGAAGAUGCAAAGGCGGCUGUGUCUAUUUGCAAAUACCCCCCUCAAGGGAAGAGAUCCAUCACGGGCCAGUUGCCUCUCUUCUCACUCAAGGCAACACCACAAGAGACGAUUAUAUCCGAGACGAACGCGACUGGCUCCAGUGUGUUCCUGAUGAUUGAAACUCAGGAGAGCAUUGACAACAUUGAAGAGAUAGCUUCGGUGGAGGGCGCGGAUGUGCUUUUAGUCGGCUCGAACGACUUGGCCAUCGAGCUCGGCGUGCCUGGGCAAUUCAAUAGCGAGGUAUUCCAGGAGGCUAUGGAAAUCGUCAGCCGGGCUUGCAAAAAGCACGGGAAGAUCAUGGGCUUGGCUGGUAUCUAUGAAAACCAUGAUUUGCACGACUGGGCGAUCAAUAAGCUGGGAGUACGCUUCCUUCUUGGCGGACAAGAUUCGGCGAUCUUGGCUGCCGGGGCGAAAGCGACGAUGGCUGCUAUAUCCCAAGUACCCAAGUGA